AUGCCAGUUUUAAGUAGAGUUUCUUCACCGUCGCAAAUAACAACAAAUAAUGUUGCUGUACUCUCUCAAAAAUCACAUGCUUCAAUUGAGACCAGUAAUUUAACUGAAACAACUCUCAGUUUAGAUCAAGAUCAAAAUUUAUCAGCUGUACCGAAUGAUUCCACUACAAGUAGAUCAACAACUCAUGAUGCUUCUCCAAUAAAAAAGAGAGGUCGUGGUGUAACUACUGGAUUUGAAGUUAAAAAGAGAGCAAAAGAAGGUACUAAAAUAGGUGGAAUUAUUAUAAAAAAAGGAGUGCAUCUGCCAGUUGGUCCAGCGGAAAAAAUCUUUAAGAUGGAGAUUGGUGUUCUUACUCGCAAAUAUGCACCAAAAGGAGUUUUUUAUUGGACUGAUGUGACUGAUGCGGAUAAGCAGCCUAUAUUAGUAAAACUUGCAGGUGAGUUUGAUAUAGACAUUGAAGAUCCUCAUACAAAAAAGGUUAUUGACAAAAUCAUGUCAAGACGCUUUACUAGUUUCAAACAUCGAUGUCAUAUGCAUUAUAAGAAAUUUAAGACUUUUGAUGAAGCAAGUAAACACCCUCUUGACAAUAUCAAAUCUGAAAAUUGGAUCACGUUUUGUAAGCAUUUCGAAGAUGAAAAGUUCAAGGCUCAAAGUGUCGCAAACCGAGGCAACAGAGGCAUGAUGCAGGUUCCACAUACUUCAGCUUCAAAGUCGUAUUGCCAACGCUUGUAUGAAAUGGAAAUGAUGGAACAAGAUCUGGAAGAAAGUAUGGAACAAAAUCAAGAUGAUAUAAAUCGUGAGCCAAUUGAAAUGAAAUUGUAUUUUGAUACACAUCAUAAAAAUGGUAUUUGGAUUCACUUACAAGUUCAAGAAAACUAUGAGCAAAUGAAAGCUAUGUGGGAGAAGGCAAUAUUUGAUGGUGAUGGAAUAACUGGACGCGAGAUCCUUGAAAACGUGCUGAAGCCAAAAUCAGGUUAUAUUCGCGGGCUUGGAUACGGUGUGAAGCCGAAAAAAUUAAGAGAAGUCGAACUUGAAGCUCUUUUACAAGCUGAAAAGACUGAAUCUCAAGCAAGAAACAAUGAGCUAACAAAGCAAAUAGAAAGCCAACAAACGGUAAUUAAUCGUUUACAAGAGUCUUUUGAUGAAUUAAUGUUUAGAAUGGACGAGUUAAAACAUCAACAAGAAGGGGGCAACAAUUCAUCACCUGAAUAGAAAGAUUGGAAUUGAAAAGCAAGCUUUGGAUGGAUAUUGGUGGUUUGCAUCUCAACAAAAUUUUAUUAUCUUUUAUAUUAUGCUUAUAAAACUAGAUUUAUAUAUUUUUAGGAAUGAUCCUUCGUGUUUUUUAUCGAAGCAUUGGACGAAUAUUGUUGUUUUAUUAAGUAUUUUAUGGUUUUUUGU